AUGUCGAUUACCUACGUCUUUACUGAUUAUUACUUUGAGGCAUCGAAUGAAACGUUCGUCAUCGAUUCAGACACGUCACCAUGUCAGCUGAAACCUCUGGAGCCCACAGCAGCUGUGGCCGUGGGCGUCCUCCUCAUCGCCAUCUUCCUACUGGCGAUACCAGGAAACCUGUUGGUGGGUUGGGUGAUCAGCACCAGCAAACAGACCCUGAGCCCUUCAGAUGUGUAUCUGUUUCAUCUGACGAUAGCCGACGGCCUGAUUGCACUCACCCUCCCGUUCUGGGCUGUGGCGUCCUCCCAGGGAUGGCUCUUUGGAGGCUUCAUGUGCAAACUCCUCAGCUUCGUCAACGAAUCCAGCUUCUACAUCAGCAUCAUCUUCCUGGCCUGCAUCAGCAUCGACCGCUACCUCCUGAUUGUGCACGCCAGUGGAACUGUCAAGAGCCGCAUGAGGAUGUGCAGCCGGCUCCUCUGCGCAGGGGUCUGGGCCUUCGGCUUGGCCCUCGGCCUGCCGGCACUUUUCAAUGAAGCCACCAAGCUCGACGAGGACUUGGACUGGAUGAUAUGUGCUGAAGUCUUUGACAUCAGCAGCUCCAGCUUGUGGAGGCUCGCCAUCAAAGGGUUCCGCCACAUGUUUGGCUUCUUGCUGCCUCUGGGGGUCAUGAUUGUCUUCUACAGCAUCACCACAGUGAGGUUGCUGCACACACGUGGUUUCCAGAAGUACCGGGCCAUGAAGGUCAUCCUGGCCGUGGUGAUUGCGUUCCUACUCUGCUCGAUUCCGUACCACAUAACCAUGAUGAUAGACAUGCUGAUGAGGACACGUCUGAUCCAGUUUGACUGUGCGUUGAGGACGUCGGUGAACCACGCUACGUUGGGGACCAGCAGUCUGGCUCUGAUGCACAGCUGCAUCAACCCGGUCCUCUACGCCUUCGUGGGCGAGAAGUUCAGGAAGAAAAUGCUGCUGCUUUUCCAGAGGAAGGUCAGAAUGGAGAGGUCCACAUCGUCAAGGUUCAGCAGGUCCACGUCUCAGACCUCCGAGGGAAACGGAGCCUUUUUUUAG